UCACUGCAGCCAUCAUUGCACUAUCAGUGCGAAAAAAAAUUAUCUACACUUUCUUUGAACGAAUGUGUUAUCGAUUUGAAUAAUUGGCUAUUAAAAUGGACACAUUUCACGGAAUCAUUACCAGAUCGUUUCUAGUUACUGACUGGAAAGGAAUUCCAAAAUGGUUAAAUUCUUAAUAAUUGCCGCUGCCAUAUUGGCAAUCAGUUACUCUGUUCCUGUUCCAAAAAUCCGGGUACCAUACUUUGAGCUUCUCAAACCGCGCGAACCAUUCCCAACCACACCCUUCGACUACAAAGCUCCAACCAACGUAACACUACAAGAUAUUGUGCAACGACUCGACAACUUUGAUCCGUCGAACACAGACAUUUGGGGCCAACGAUUCUUCAUGAACGAUGAAUUCUAUCAACCAGGAGGACCAUUCUUCGUGUUUUUGGGUGGUGAAUGGGCUAUCACUGAAUACCGUUUGACUAACAGUUUGAUGUACGACAUGUCCGAUGAAUUGAACGCUGCUAUUUUCUACUUGGAACAUCGUUACUACGGAGGAAGUCGACCUGUACCAAAUGUAACGGACGAGAACUUAAGAUUCUUGACUCCAGAGCAAGCUCUUGCUGAUACAGCCCAUUUCAUCAAUCACAUUCGCACACUUUUACCAGGAGCAGCUAACUCUGAAGUAAUCCUUGUUGGUGGCCAUUAUUCUGCAAGUUUAGCUGUUUGGUUCCGUCAACGGUAUCCACAUUUAUCAACAGGUGUAUGGGCAUCGAGUCCACCACUUCCAUCCGUUGUCGAUUUCGAUGGAUUCAAGGAAGCUACCGGCGCUGCUUACCGCAGCGUAGGAGGAGACGUAUGCUACGAUGCUCUUGAGCUCGGUUUCGAUAGAAUGCACGAGCUCUGGGACAACGGUGACUUUGAAGAAUUAACCGAAGCAUUCUUCAUUUGCGAUCCGCUCGAAGAAGAGGAUGCUCCUCAUUUCUUCAGUUUGAUGGCUGAACUCUACUCAGUUUUGCCUCAAUUUGAAUUCGAAGAAUUCAUUCAAGCCACCUGCGAUCACAUCAUUGAUGGCCAAAGCUCAAUUGAAAGCAUUGCCUAUCUGCUGAACAAUUUUAUCGACAUUGAUGGAGGACAAUGUCUCGAAAUCGAUUAUGAUUACAUCAUUGACCAGGAACGUCAAGUUGAAUGGGACGCACCUGCUGUUGCAGUUGGCUACAGACAAUGGACCUACCAAUUGUGCUCGCAGAUCGGUUGGUUCCACACGAGUGGAUCACCUGACCAGCCAUUCGGUGACCGAUUCCCAGUUGAACUCUAUCAUGCCGGUUGCCAAGCCGUCUUUGGUGAAUCAUUCACUGAAGAGCGACUUCAUCGUAAUUCUGAACGAUUUAACAUUUUGUACGGUGGUUUGGAACCAGAAGUCACCAAUGCAGUUUUCGUUUACGGUCAACACGAUCCAUGGUCGGUAAUCGGACGACGAACUGAUUUAAGUGACGAUGCUGUUGCCAUUGUCAUUCCACGUGCCACAAUGAGCAAUGAAUUGGGACCACGUCAUCGCGAUAAUCCUCCAGAGUUGGUAGAAGCUAAGGAUCGUGUUGAAGCGCUCAUCCAUCAAUGGCUUGGUCACACUCCAAACUAAUUUUAUAUGUUACAUUUAGAGUGGAUGUGGAACGGAAAGUAGAAACGUUUGGUUUUUAAAUAGAAAAUUUUUACGUAACGAAA